CUCUCCCUCUCUCUCCCUGCCUGGCAGUGCCUGGCAAAGCGCCUGCACCUGCCUGCACCUGUCUGCACCUGCCUGUACCUGCCUGCACCUGCCUGCACCUGCCUGCACCUGUCUGCACCUGCCCCUUCGCCGCCCGCACGCCCGUCAUGACGCUGCUGCACAACCACCUCGAGCAGAUCUCGCUCUGCUCCGCCUCCAUCGCCGACCUGCACUUCGCCCCGCCCAAGAUAUUCACCAACGCCCUGCUGCAGAAUCACGACAUCACCAGCCUGAUUCGCGAUACGGAAGCCCACGAGCGCGCCCUCUUCUCUGUCCCGCCGCCGCCCGCUGCGCCUACGCAUGCAGAGCCCUCGACAUCGAGCAACCGCCGCAACACCAUCUUCAAUCCCAGCGCCGGACCUGGCGCAAGCACCUCGGGCGGUGGAGCCAAUGCAGUGCGCGCACCCAGACGUAACACGGCUGUGGCCGCAGUCCUCGGCAAUGAACUGGUAGAGAGGAUCCGGAGAGGGGGAGGCGGCGGUGCUGGCUCAGGUCUGGGCUACCGCAAGUACGACCCGAGCAGCAAGAACGAAGUCGACGUCGAACCGCUGCUCGAGGGUGCUGAGAAGCUGCUGGCCGUAUACCAGGUCCCAGGCGCCCGUGAGAAGAUUGCCGCCAUGCGCCAGCGACACGCCCGACUCGAGUCUUCGCUGGAGUACUACGAGAGCCGCCUUGCCGAACAGACGGCCCAGCUCGAUCGACUGAACCGCUCGCGCGGAGAGUAUGUGGAGGAGAACGAUGAUGUGGAGGAGGAGCCACAAGAAGAAGUCGUCUUGACAGCAGAAGACCUGCGCCGGGAAGAGGAACAAGUGCGGCAAUUGGAAUCGAAGAAGAGGGGUCUCGAAGACAGGGUACACUCCAUGGGCAGAGACAUUUCAGGGUUGAGGUGAAGGUUCUAUUGAACAGGAGGCGUCUCGAAGACAGGCUAUCCAUUGCCCAGGCUGCGUCACAUUACAGCAAGAUACCCAAUGCUUUCAGAUCUGUUCUUUCGAAUCACCCCAUGUCCACAUGCCACUCUAGACCGACGACCCACCGUCGAUACUGAUGUUUUGCCCAGUGAUACUUCUGCUUAGCG